AUGUCGAUAGAGAGCUGCUCUAGCUGUGGAAAGCCCACUGGAGAUUGUACUUGCGUUACUGAAGGCCACGAGGAAGGCAUCUUUUUCGACGGGGUCUACUACCCAUACAAGAACCAGGGCGACCCGAGCUCGAGUGAACGCUUUGAUGCAACAUGCAAUGGCACACCUGAAGAACUCUCCAACACACAGUGA